UCCGUAGCUCGUCGAGGAAGUCAGGAAGUUGCUGCAACAUUUUCAUUCAUUUAUUCUGUCUCUGCAUGUAUUGUUGAUGUUGGAACAUUUGGUAACUGCUUCAUUUCAAAAUGCGUAGAAGACCCGAAGCUCAGUCCUCAACCGCUGAGGCUGCCGGUGCUAGUAAAAAGAAUCCUGAUCAGAGACUACACGGCCAAGCUGAAGCCAAAGGCAGAUUGUCUUACAGCUCUGUGCUCAUAAACAUUGGAAAGUGUUUACUGUUAAUCAUCAUCAUCCCUCCGUUCCUCAACUAUGCAUCGCUGCAGAGAGAAGGACAGAUGCUCUUGCCCAAAGAUGGCCAGAUUGUUGAUGUCGGUUUGGGUCAAAAGAUGCUCCUUUUGUGUAAAGGACGAGGAAGCCCUGUCGUCAUCCUAGAUGCACCGACUGGACAGUCCUCAGACAUUUGGUUUCAUGUCCAAGAGAGUGUUUCCACACUGACAACGGUUUGCACCUACGACAGAAUGGGACUGGGCUUCAGCAAGCGACUGAUGCAGAAUGAGACCACAGGAACAGAAAAAGUUUGGGGGAUGUCAACGACUGGACGGAUGGUGGAUGAUCUGUACCGGCUCCUGGAGGCUGCUGGGAUAGCUAAACCCUUCAUCCUGGUGGGGUCCGAGCUCGGUGCGCUCAACGGCAGGUUCUACAGCCACAUUCAUGAUGUGCAAGUGUCAGACCUGGUGCUGAUUGAUCCCAUCCCAGAGGAUGUGUUUGAAGAGGACCAGUGGAAGGAGUACUGGUAUGGCAAGCUGCUGCCGUCACUCCAAGCCAGGCAGUUUUCAGCAGCUACAGGACUGAGCCGCAUGCUGAUCAUCCUGGGGGCAAUUGAACCGACUAUAAAAGGCCAAAAUGUCUCAGAGGAGGUCAUCCAGCGCCAGAAAUACUUACUGAGUAACCCUGCCCAUCAAAGCAGUGCUGUAGAUGAACAUUUCUUUCUGAAUGAAAGUGCAGCUCAAGUAAGGGAUAUCACCAAGUUUAAGCCCCUUUCCAGCAGGACAUCAGUGAGCGUGCUCACUGGGGACUCCUUUGAUGAACAAUUGCCUGAACACCUAAACCAAAUGGUAGCUAAGCUUCAAAAGAGGUUUCUGAAGGAAUCCUACCCAUCAGCCAAUCACAUUCACAUAAAAGGAGCAGACCGGCGAAUGAUCUACAAGAAGCCAUCUGCCAUCAGCCAGCACCUGAGGAAGCUAGUCAACCAGCGACAAGCCAAACAGCAGAGCGAGUGACCCACGGCCAACAUCCUGGCCACUAGGAGGCACUCUUCUCAUGCUGAAGCUGCAGCCGGUGGAUGUUUUGCUGUGAUGAUGCAGAGACGCCUCAGAUACGGCAGGGCAGCACAGACGCCAGUCUGCCUAUACAUCCUUGCAGGUAGGUGCUGAAGAUUUUACUCUAACAAGAAAUGCAUUUGGAUCAAGUGUCUCUCGUCUGACCUCAUUCUCACUUGAUCUUUGCCUGGAAAUUAGGUUGUGCUAAUGAAAUGUUCAAGGGUGUUUUUUUUAUUAUUACUUUUACGUUUAAUAAUCUUUUUGUAUGGUUUUGUUGCAUUUGUGUAAUGACAGCAAUCAAGCAUGUGUGAAUGUUUUUUCUCACGACAUGAUUUAUAUUUUAUUUCUAAAAAAAAAAUCUAGAAAUGUGGCAGAAGAAAAAAUCUUGUAUUCUUCCAGGGAAAUAAAUGUUGUUGAGUAAAUAUGUGUUUACAGAGCCCUGACUUGCCUUGUCUUGCCUGACACCCCAAAACCGCCCCCCUCAGAUUUCUCUCCUUUUGCACCACAGUGUCUGGACUAAUUUUAGUAUCAAGUGUUUUUGCAGAUAUAGCCAGUACCGAGAGCUCAUGGAUGGCCUUGAGCGAAUGGCACGUGGGUCAGAAUCCACAAAUUAAAAAGUCCUCCCAGGGGAGCCUCAUACACGGCGCUCUCUACUGUAUACAUUCACAGGCAACAAAGACAUAAAAGCAGCACAGCGCGUCGAACAAUGUCAUUCAGCACACAUUUAAGAAUUGUUUGAAGACACACACGUGCAAUAAAAAAAACUGUCAGAAAAAAUGAUGCAACGAUGUGAUUCAGCAAAUGUUUUACUAACUAAAAAUUCAAUGUUCCUCUUUGAAAUUAAAAGACUGACUCGUCUCUGGAGAUUUCUGUAGCUUUUUCAGCACGGUGACAACGAUACUGGCUGGCAGGGGGAUGUUUGCCUGGUAAUGGUGUUGUAAUUUUAAGGGAGCAGAAAAAAGAAUUAGCUGCUAUUUUUGCUCCGUUAUACUGCUGCGACAGAGCCGGAGUAUUUUUAAUUUCAGAUUUAUUUAUUUUCUAAUGGGAUGUAUUAAAUUAUGGGAAGAAUAACUUGCACCUCAAACGUCACCUGUUUUUAUGGUGCUUUUUAACAUUCGCAAUUUUCUUUUUGACAUUUUCUCUUUUUUUUUUCAAAAAACAAAUGAAAUAUUCCCUCAUGAGGAGUAAAUGACUAGUGAGAACACUGUCUAUAUUGCAGGUAACACAGUUCAGGGUUGUGUGCUGUCAGUCUGAAACAAUACCAGCCACAUUCCUACAGUACAAAGCUCCUCUCCCUCAUUAGCUGCCACACACAGUCAGCUCCUCCCUGUCCACAGUAAAGUGGAGUAGACUAUUAAAGGAAAGCUCUGACUGGCUCCGCUCCGCUCUGCUUUAUUCUUUAUUUGGACAGGUUUGUCCCAUUGAGCACUCUAUUAGCUCUCCUUCUCUGCGGGUAGUGCUGCCUGUGUCCUGGUUGUGGCCAGUCGACAUGUGUUUACUGCGGCCCCCGCUGCGGCGGCAGGCUGGUUGGGGGCCCGUCCUGACCAAGCCCUGCUAAUGGGACCAGAAGACCCCUCGUGACAGGACACCGCAGCAGACCCUACCCCUCCUUCCCCUCCAGCUGCGGCCCCGUGGCCCAUGUCCCCCUACCCAUCAUGCCUCGGCGAGAGCAGGUGAACGGCGUGGGGCCAACGGCGGCGAGCUCGGUUUUCCUGGGAGAGCAGCGCGCCAUCGCCACGCGCCUCAGUGGUUCCUCCAACAUGGCUCCGGCCCUACGCCACAUGGGCUGGCUGGCCGGUCUCUGUGUGUGUGGGUGUAUGUGUGUGUGUGUGUGUGUGUGUAUUUGGGGGUGUAUGGUGCAUGCCAGCCCUAAUGCAAAUGCUUGCCGUUUAAAAAAUGGGAGCCUCUCUCCUCCUCUGUCUCUCCUCUUUGGAAAGGUCUAUUUUGGCCUUCUGGUGCUGGCAGUUAUUUUUUUCCUCUCCAGAAGGACAGAGAGCCAGAAAGAUGCACCUGUCAUCCAUUUUGGAAUUCAACAUUUAUUGAUCUGGUCACGAGGAAUGGAUUUUAUGAAGUUAUGUGUUUCUUCUUUAUGAAUUCCCACUGAUUUAUGCUUUAAAAUGUGCAUUUCUUAUUUGCAAAGGGUGCCUUAUUUACAAGCAUGCUAAUUGGGUAUUCACAGCACAGCAAUAAACAGAAGGAAUACAAACACACUCACACACACACUCUCUUGACACACACACACCAAUCACUGUUGCGACAUCCCAGCAUGCCCUCUGUCUCUGCACCCCUGUAAUUCUACAUAUUGCUUAAAGUAUGUGCUAAUUAAAUUUUCUGUCGGUUUGCAGGAGAAAUAAAUAAUCUGCAGCUAAAAGGCCUAA